CAGUGCGUUUCCCCAGCAGUCAGGAGCGAAUACACUUUCACCAGUAACACUGGCUGCAUGUUUAGCCGAGUUUCAGACGAGGAAUUCUGACAAUUGAUCCAUUUUGAAGGAGCUGUCACAUUGGACUUGUCACAACUUCUGGUCAUUAAACUUACACGAUAUUUACUUGGAGAGACGAUAUUUUCAGCUGUGCCUCAUGAGCAUUGGACCGGGCAGCGGUAAACACACCGGGCUCCAGGUGUAUCUCUAUAAGGACUCCUGCAACGGGGCCACGGCACCCCGGAUCUUAUACAUUUUAAACUUGGAGAAUUGAGGCGAACGAUUCCGUGGAAUUCUGUUGGUUUCUUCGAUGACUUGUAAGGUUGGACUUGGACUCCAAGUUAUUUGUGUAGAGUAAAGUGACAAUCAGCGUUCUGCGAUCGUUCUAUUCCUGGAGGUUGGUUUACCAUGCUGUUGGACAGUCUGUGGACGGUCCACAUGCUCCUGGCCCUGGUUGUCGGGGCUCUGUGCAAUCACAACAUCAUCGACCCUCAUGCUGCACCCCGCGUCUUCAUCUCCUUCAAAGAGCUGAGGUCCACCGGCACUGCCCAACACUUUGCCUACCUGCUCAACACGUCUGACUACCGUAUCCUGCGUAUGGACGAGGACCACGACCGCAUGUACGUUGGCAGUAAGGACUACAUCCUGUCCCUGGACCUGCAUGACAUCAACAAGGAGCCGCUCAUUCUCCACUGGCCUGUCUCUCAGCAGAGGAAGACUGAGUGUGUUCUAAGUGGGAAGGACACCAAUGGCGAGUGUGGGAACUUCAUCCGUCUGAUUGAGCCAUGGAACAGGACCCACUUGUAUGUCUGUGGUACUGGGGCCUACAACCCCAUCUGCACCUACGUCAACCGUGGACGCAAACCACAGGCCGCCAUGCACCUGCAGAUGCCCCAGACCGGAGGGAGGGCUAGCCGCGCGGCCCAACCAAACGAUGUGUCCGAAACACUGGGACUAAAGGAAUACAUAUGGCAUUUGGAGCCGGGCAAAGUGGAGUCUGGGAAAGGAAAGUGCUCCUACGACCCAAAGCUCAACAGCGUCUCAGCUUUGAUCAACGGUGAACUCUAUGCUGGGGUCUACAUUGACUUCAUGGGAACAGACUCUGCCAUCUUCCGUACUGGGAAACAGACCGCCAUGCGUACAGACCAGUAUAACUCCAGAUGGUUAAAUGACCCGUCCUUUGUCCAUGUGCAGCUCAUCCCUGACAGCGCAGAGAGGAAUGACGACAAGCUUUACUUCUUCUUCCGUGAGACGUCUGCUGAGAUGGGCCAGAGUCCCGUGACUCAGGCCCGCAUCGGUCGGAUCUGCCUGAAUGAUGAUGGUGGACACUGCUGCCUGGUCAACAAGUGGAGCACUUUCCUGAAGGCACGGCUCAUCUGCUCAGUGCCGGGAGCCGACGGGAUUGAGACGCACUUCGACGAGCUCCGAGACGUUUACAUACAGCCGACCCAGGACACCAAGAAUCCUGUUAUCUACGGAGUCUUUUCCGUCUCGGGCUCAGUGUUUAGGGGCUCAGCAGUGUGUGUCUACUCCAUGGCAGACAUCCGCCAGGUCUUCAAUGGGCCCUUCGCCCACAAAGAAGGGCCCAACUACCAGUGGGUCGCCUACACUGGGAAGAUCCCCUACCCUCGACCUGGGACGUGCCCAGGUGGAACGUUCACCCCCAACAUGAAGUCCACCAAAGACUACCCAGACGAAGUCAUCAACUUCAUGAGGAACCACCCCAACAUGUACAAUGCAGUGUACCCAAUGCACAAGCGCCCCCUGGUGGUCCGGACCAACGUGGACUACGAGUUCACCACCAUCACUGUGGACCAGGUGGCCGCCGCAGACGGGAACUAUGAAGUGCUGUUCCUGGGAACUGACAGGGGGACGGUUCAGAAGGUGAUUGUUCUGCCCAAAGACGACCUGCAGACUGAAGAACUGGUCCUGGAGGAGGUUGAGGUGUUCAAGGUUUCAACUCCAAUUACAACCAUGAAGAUUUCGUCCAAAAGGCAACAGCUCUACGUGUCUUCUGAGCUUGGUGUGACCCACCUGGCCCUCCACCGCUGUGAUGUGUAUGGGGAGGCGUGUGCUGACUGCUGCCUGGCCCGGGACCCCUACUGCGCCUGGGACGGAAAGUCCUGCUCUCGCUACUCCACCUCGCAGAAGAGGUCUGACCCCUUUAGACGCAGCCGGAGGCAGGACGUGAAGUACGGGAACCCCAUCCGGCAGUGCAGGGGCUUCAACUCCAAUGCUAAUAAGAACACCUUGGAGAUGGUGCAGUAUGGGGUGGAGGGCAGCAGUACCUUCCUGGAGUGCCAGGCCCGUUCACCCCACGCCACCAUCAAGUGGCACCUGCAGAGGGACAACAGUGACCGCCGGAAAGAGAUGCGCUCUGACGGGCGGGUACUGAAGACAGAGCAAGGUCUCCUGCUGCGUUCUCUCCAGCCCUCAGACUCCGGGGUCUACCAGUGCACGGCCACAGAGAAGAACUUCAAACACACGCUGGUCAAGCUGCAGCUGGUGGUCCUGUCCGGCCGAGCCAUCAACAACGUCCUGGUGGAGGGUGGGGGACUGGGGCCAUCUGCUCUCCAGUCCAGCGCUUGGACGCCCAGCGCGGGUCAGUACAAGGACCUGCUGACCAUCCUGAGCCAGCCAGAGAUGGGCCUGAUUAACCAGUACUGUCAGGACUACUGGCAGCUGGGAGACCCCAUGAUGGGAGCCAUCAAGGCCAAUGACAUGAAAGAGCUCAAGGAGCAGAAGAAACCACGCAACCGCCGACAUCACGGUGAGGGAGAGGACGAAGAGGAGGUGGAGACAUGAGGGGUCCCUCAACUCUCCCAAACUUCAACCGCACCCCAGGGAAACUGGGAAAGACUCAAUUCAGGAGACUGACAAGGUGAAAGAAAAUCAAAACCCACAAAUAAAAGAAAUGGAAGUGGGAAAAAAACAAGUCAUACAAACAAACACAGCCCACAUCCCUUUCAACAAUAAAGUAUAUGAUACACAGUAUUUAUUGUAGGUUGUAUAUAGUAUCAUUCUGUGGAUUUCUUUGUACUUAUAGAAAAAUGCUCUUUGUGUAUAGGUACCUUUUGGGUAAAUGUUAUUGUAUUAUUGUUAUUAAUUGUAUUAUUGUUGUUACUGUCAUUACAAAAAUCUUAAUCUUUCCAUCUUUCGACAUUGACAGCUCUGUUUGGAAUGUAAACUCUGUUGGUAGUAAGCUGAAAGGGGUCAUUGUGUAAACAGAUACGUUAACCGAGGGUUGGGGUAGAUGGGGAUAUAAUGGUUUCUUGUUUGCCUUGACUAAAUGUCAAUACUCAUAUUCUCAGCUCACCAGGAAGUGUUUGAACAUACAGUAACCUCACAAUCCGUGCAUAAGGACAAAGACUCCUGACUCCAAUUUCAGAGGAUGCACAAAUGGCCCCACUCAUUGGCUAGCUGUCCAUUCUCCCUGUGAACCUGUUGUCUAAAUGACUAUGUUGAAUACUGUUGCUGCUAAGCAUAAUUGGCUCACCUAAUAGGUUGAUGCUAUUUAUUUUCGGCUUCAUUGGUUAUUCCUCACUGUACAGUAUGUGCCAUUAACUCAGGCAAACCAAUUGUUAAAAAUACAGUGUUGCCAUGUAGCCUAUGCAUGAAAUCAUCUCUAGAUUACCAGAGUCCGUGAAGGGGGGGGGGGGAUUGAAACCAAGGUUAUUAUUGAAUGGCCAGGUCAAUCGAAUAGAUUGUUUAACAAAGAAUUAAAAAAGGAUUAAAACCUUACCUUUCAGCAGCUAAAUUGUGGUAAAUGACAUUGUGAGAAUCAGAAAGUAAACUUACUCAGAAGAGAAAAAAAACACUGUAGAUACUUAUCAAAUAAAUAUUUUAAGGAAGUCUACGAGCUCUGUUUGGUAUAUUUUGCAAUCUAAACAUCGAAUGGGACUGAGUGUGAAGUACAGUAAAGGGUCAAGGUUGUGCACAAAGGGCAUUAUUCUCUUACCUUCAAAUUAUUCAAUUUAAUCUUAUGGAAGGUAUAAGAUAUUCAAAACAUUGGCCAGGGCCAAACCUAGCACACUUUGGCCAAAUACAUUUCCUUUUGGUCAACAAAAACAAAGCAGAAUUCAGUUUGAGAUCAAGCGAUGCUAGAGCGGAAGAGGCGAAGCGAGAGGGAUAACUGGGCCCAAAAUCUGUCUUCACCUGCCAUUUUUUCUUAUUUUUUUCCUCUCACCAAGCAGAGUUUUUGUAUGGAGGUCAAAGAAAGUGUAGAAUUUGGAUAACAAAAAAUGUAAUGGCUUAUUUGCUACUUGUGGCUUAUUUGAUCGAACAGAAGUUUCGCAAUGCUUAAGGUUGUUACGAAUGUACUGAUAUAAGAAGGACACGUCACCUCCCGGCAACUUUGAGAAAAAAAACACUUUGUAUCGGAGUUGUGCCUUGUAUCACAAUCGUAUCUGCCUUCUCAUUGGCUAGAAUGGUCCCACCUGACAUUGCCUCCUACCAACUACCUUCCAUUUUUGAAGGCAUUUAUUUUCAUUGUUAGAGAGGUCAAUGGAGUAUCUGAUCAAUAUAAUGGAUAAUCUAUGGCAAUGCCCAGAUCACUUUCACUCAGCAGCCAUGUUGGUUCAAACUAAGAGUCAUCUCUUUUCAUUUACCGGUGUGAAAAAAAUAAAUGUCCUCCUUACACAACAAAACAUCGUAACAACAUUGUGACAAUAACCAAAAUAUUCAUUGUGUGCAUGAAUAUGUAUUUGUACUGUAAUUAUGAAACAAAAAAAAACUGUUGUAGUUUUUCUGUUCUUCAAGUGUACAGUAUGGUCAAACGUCAGCGAAGACAUGAGGGACAGCCUCAGUGCAGCAUAAAACAGAACGGAGGAGAAUUACUAUGUGUAAUGUACCGACAGAUAUUGAUAGGCUCUCUUUUCCACGCUUCACUAUGGGAUAGUAUUCAUUCCCAGAAUAAAACCAGACGGCCCCUGUUACUCUCCUCCAGUUGAAAACAGGGUGUUACAGCAAAAAAAUGAUUGUACAAUUUCUUGGUAUUUUAUGGUGUCUUUUUUUUCUUUUGGUUUUGUAUUUCUUUUGUGUUCUUUUUGCUAUCAGUUAAGAUUCAAUGCACAGAGGUGAUGUUAUGGUAAUUACUUGUGUAAAUUACUUUCUCUUCCCUUUCCAUUGUUGUUGCUGACUAAUAAAUUAAAGCUCUAUAUUUUAUAAAAUA